AUGCCUCGCCAGAGCAGCCGCCCGUCUGCUUCGGCCCCCAAGCGCGCCGCCCCGCCACCAUCGUACGGCAGCGCCACCCCCAAGCAGGCCGCCCCACCGCCGCCAGCCGCAGCAGCUCAGGUGCCCCCGCCGGCCGCGGCAGCCGCCGCGCCGCCGCCCGCUGCCGCCCCCGCGGCCGGCGGCGGCAUGAUGUCCGGGCUGAUGGGCUCGAUGGCGUCCGGCAUGGCGACAGGCGUCGGCAUGAGCGUUGCAAGCCGAGCUGUGGACGCGGUGAUGGGCCCACGCCAGACGGAGGUGGUGCACCGCCACGAGGGGGCCCCUGCGGCGCCAGCGCCGGCGGCAUGCCAGAUGCAGCAGGACCAGCUCUCGAAGUGCAUGCAGUCCGCCGCCGACGCGUCCCAGUGCCAGUUCUACCUGGACUCCCUCAAGGCGUGCCAGCAGUCUGCCUGA